CGGCCGAAAAUGGUGGCUGAGGUCGCAGUUUGGUCUCGGUCGGUGCGAAGAGAGCGCAGAAAUUCUCGGACAUCAAGCGAAGGUACGACCUGAGCGCGAUGGAUGCGCUCGGCGACGAAGAUGACGCGGCGGCGGCGACGCCACGGCGCCUCGUCAGAGUUCGGCGGCGCCACCUGUCACGCCUCAACCUGGAGAGGGUGCGCGCUCUCUUCGGGGUCAAUCUGCGAGCCGAGGAGCAGCUCUCGGACAGCGACGUCGCCUGGUUCACCGUGUGCACCACUUCGGCCGCCUCUGAAGCCCCAGACCUUGUUGCCCGUCUGCAGCGUUAUGUGGACGCGUCGUGCGCCGAGGCAGGUGGCACCGAAGAGGACUCCAGUUACGACUCGGACUGCGAGUCAGCACCGAAUGCAGGACCUCGCGGUCACGACGACGUGAGUCGCACCGUUUCCGAUACCCUUGGCGCUGAAUUUGCCGAGUACGUGUCGGCGCCGCCUGCGGGUUACACUCAAAAAGUGGAAUUCGGUCUCAAACUGGGCUACACGGAGCGACAGGUGCAAGUGGUGUUGGCGAAAAUUGGAACAAACCCGAGCCAGAACGAGCUCCUGGCAGAACUCAUCAAACUUGGCGCGGCCAGAAGUUGCUCAGAUUUUUCUCCUACUUCUGAAACUGCUCCUUUUUUGGGUGCCGAGGUGGUUGACGACAUAGACGACGGUGAUAGUGAAGAUGCCCAUUCAGCAAACCAGCUGAGGCACAUAGUCAUAGAUGGAAGCAAUUUGGCCAUGAGCCAUGGAAACAAAGAAAUGUUUAGCUGCAGAGGAAUUAAACUCUGCGUCGAGUGGUUUCAAGCGCGCGGCCAUAAAGACAUCACAGUAUUUGUUCCUCGUUGGCGCAAGGAGGCAUCUCGACCUGAACGACCCAUUAAAGACCAAGAAAUCCUCAAUGAACUCGAGCGCGAACGAAUUUUGGUCUUCACGCCUUCACGGUUGGUUGGCGGCAAAAGAGUUGCCUGCUAUGAUGAUCGCUACAUCCUUAAACUGGCCCUGGAGACAGACGGCGUUGUCGUUUCAAACGACAACUACCGAGACCUUCUCAGCCAGUGCCCUGAGUUCCGAAAAGUCGUUGAAGAGCGAAUUCUAAUGUACUCUUUUGUCAAUGACAAAUUUAUGCCACCUGAUGAUCCUUUGGGCCGAUCAGGACCGACUCUUGACAAGUUCCUUCGUGUUACCUCCGUAAAGGCUGAUCCCCCUAGACCGUGUCCGUAUGGCAAAAAAUGCACUUAUGGAAACAAGUGUAAAUACGCUCAUCCAGAGAGGGGUCCUCUGCCCCUAAAGUCUGUGUCUGAAAGACUGGCGGAGCACGCCCAAAGGCAGCUCCAGGCCCGUGCCAGUAGAGAUGCUAGCCCAGGUGACCAGUUGAAAAGUAGCAAAUCACUGAGUCUCCCUCCAAGUGAGCAACCUCGUAAAACCCCGCUGUCAAGGACAAGGUCCUCUGUUCCCAACUCUUCAAGCACAGAGCGAAGAGGAGUUUCGAAAAGCAAGAGUGUCGAAAAUGUAGCUUAUGGAUUUAGAGUGCCACCUCCCCAUGCUUCCUUUGUUGCUCCUCAACAGCAGCAGCAACAAAGGUGGGCUCCUGUUGGUCAUAUGAACCAAGAUUGGCACAUGAUGGUACCCCAGGGUGGCCAAAUGCCCCUCGGCAAGCAACUAUCCGAUCCACCAGCCAACCCACAGCACGAACAGACUGAACCGACCAACCUGCACCGAAAAUUGCAGCGACAGCUCACGCUUAACCCCAAUUACGACCCUAGACUAUUGCACCUUCAACAAGGGAACUAUGGUGGGCCUGCUGAACACAGACCCAUUGGUCGGUGCUCUACGAGUGCAAAUGAGUACAGAAUGCCCAUGUGGGAAACAUCACAUCAGUUUGGAGCUGCAGAGGCUAUGCACCAGAGUGUCACCCGAAUCGCAUCUGCACCCGAACCACUGCCCCCUCGGUGGCCACCGGCACCUAGACAGCAGCGCCAUAUUCAGUUGAACCAUGUUGGCGCCAGCUCGGAGCCAAACUUGAUGGUGCCUCCUCAGUGGGCACCUCCUCAUGUCGACGCAGAGGCACGCAGCAGAAUCAACUACCACCUCUCUUCGUUGUUUCCUGCAGAGCAGGUGCAAGCUGCCAUGAGCAUGCUCCCCGAAGAGACAAACCCGCAGAAGAUCUGCACACUCAUCCUCACAAUGUUCCCUAAACCCUAGGAGUUUAUAAGUGUGCAGGGUUGCCAGAGCAUCAAUCUUAUCCCAGCUGGCGAAGUUCAUUUUUCGAUGUUAUUUUUUUUCCAUUUUUUUAGAAUUUAUUAGUCAUGAGCAAACUGCCUCAAGGCUUGAAUGAUUUUUAUAGAAAGCCAGAAAUUGCAUUUUGUUAGUAUGCCCCAUUUAGCUCUGGAACCCUUUGUCGUAAUUAUGACGUUGAAACCAAUCUUAUACAGCACAAAUGUGCUUCUGUAAAAUUAUUGCUAUGGGUGUUUCACGGUGGCCCCUAGCUGCAGAUUUUCCAACCAAAUUGGUUGAAACGGACGCUUAAAUGAGAUGGAAGUGUAUAAUAGGGGUACUUUGUGCUGCACCCCUGUUUCUAUGUAAUUGAAAUUCUCGUUUCAAGCAUGAAAUGUGGAUAAAAAAGUAACUCUAUGAGUUGAUUAUUAGUUUCUCCCUCUAAUGGAUGUGUAUUUUCUCUACGUUUAGCUGCACAAAUUGCCAAAAUACGAGCUGAAAAUUCAUCCUUUAACGUUCUAUGUUGAAUGUAGAGAUUUUUACAGUGUAAAACUGACGUUUAAUGCAAAUAUUUGGCAGCAACUUUUGGUCCAAAUAUGCAAACAAUAAAAUUAUAUUUUCUGUUGACAU